CUACACCUUUAGUUUGGAGGAAAUGGGAGGAGCAAAAGGAGAAAUUAUUAAGAGUAAGGACUAAUUCCGCUAGACGGAGCAGAGUGGUGGUAGAGGGGAACUGAUUAGGUCUGGAAUCCAAAAAGAAGCGUAGAGCUUUGAGACCUUCCUGAUGGGGGAUGGAGUGAAUAGUUACUUUGCUUGGAAGUUAUGUUGAGUCUCUGGAUGGUGGGAAGUAGUAAGGGGGCAGAUUCAGGUCUGACAGCAGUGGGACAAUCCCUUCAGAAUGCUGGAAAGGGAGGAAAAAAAUACCGUACCGUGUGCUGGCAUCACAACUGAUAUAGUAGAAAGAUUAAGAUUCAUUAAAGGUGGAGGCUGGUGGGGUGGAAUGCAAAGGCAGGGGAUAACCUAUCCUUACUUUGAAUGUGAGACAGAUUGACAUAGCCAGUAGAGCUGCUACCUUGCAUUGUGAUCUGCAACAUUUCCUCUCCGGGAGGUUAAAUGGUCACUGUGAUUUGUCCCUGGUGGAUAGCUCAUAGUAGACUCCAAGAGUUGAUUGGUGGUUGGGGGUGGAAUCCGAACAUAUUGGGAUAUCAGUAUGAAUAGAUGAAUGAUUGUAGAAGGGCAUGAUUCCAUACUCAACAGGAACAGCCAUGAUCAAAUAUGUCUACCACAGUUUCUUCUCCAUAUUGAAUUUAAGAAUGUGAUAAAUUUUUAACAAAAUAAUCAGAAGUCAGAGAAAUUGAAAGAAUGGAAUACAAAAAUCUUACAGAAAGCAGGAUAACAAGUGGUGUAGUCAAGAUAGUUUAUGAACUUGUAAUAGAGAAAUUAUGAACUUAUUAGCAUGAUAAAGAUUUAAUAACUUUUGAAAUGCUUGAAAUAAUACCAUAGGCAUGCCCUAUCAAGUGGAGAUGAAUUUAGCAAAUUAUUAAAGAUUUUAUUUGAAACUGGUACAGUCAUACAGUUAACUGAACUGCUGCUUCACGAUACCAGAAACCUGACUUCUGGCUGCUCUUUCUAUGACCGGUUGGGUUUCCUCCACAAAUCAACAUUCCCAAGACUUGCAGGUAUGUAGGUAGGUCAAUUGCCCACUAUAAAUUGCCCCUCAUGUGCACGAGGGGGGAAGGAAGACACUACGUGAGAAUUUGUGAAUAACAGAACUGGGAUUAAUGAAACUAUAACAUAGAACACAGAAACCCCUACAACACAAUACAGGCCCUUCGGCCCACAAAGCUGCGCCGGACAUGUCCUUACCUUAGAAGUUACCCAUGUACCUAUCCAGGAGUCUCUUAAAACACCCUAUCAUUUCCGCCUCCAUCACUGCCAGCAGCCCAUUCCACGCACUCACCACUCCCUGCGUAAAAAAUGUACCCCUGACAUCUCCUCUGUGGUUUACUUUUUAUAUAGUAAGCUGAAGGGUUUGUUUCAGUGCUAUAUAACCCUAUUAUGCAAAGUCAGUUAUUAGGAAAUUUAACAGUAAGUAGAAGACUUGAUUGAACAAUUGCUAUAUAAAAGUUUGGAAUCACUAUUCACCAAUUUAAAUGAUUUUGAUAUUUCAAUAUGCAGUUGAUUAUAAGACCCUAAGACAUAGAAGUAGGCCAUUCGGCCCAUUGAGUCUGCUCGCCAUUCAAUCAUGGGCUGAUCCAAUUCUUCCGGUCAUCCCCACUCCCCUGCCUUCUCCCCAUACCCUUUGAUGCCCUGGCUAAUCAAGAACCUCUUAAUCUCUGCCUUAAAUGCACCCAAUAACUUGGCCUCCACAGCCACCCAUGGCAAUAAAUUCCACAGAUUUACCACCUCCGACUAAAGUAAUUUCUCCACAUCUCUGUUCUAAAUGGACAUCCUUCAAUUCUGAAGUCGUGCCCUCUUGUCCUGGACUCCCCUCCCAUGGGAAAUAACUUUGCCAUAUCUAUUCUGGUCAGGCCUUUUAAUAUUUGGAAUGUUUCUAUGAGAUCCCCCCUUAUUCUCCUGAACUCCAGGGAAUAUAACCCAAGAGCUGCCAGACAUUCCUCAUACAGUAACCCUUUCAUUCCUGGAACCAUUAUCAGAAGCAAAAAAAGCCCUGCAUAUUUUUUUUUGUGUACAUUUCAGGAUGUACCCAAGAACUUGACUGACAAUGUAAUACUUAAAUCGUUGAUAUGUCGGUUGCCUGUGCCAACAGACCACAGCAAGUUCCUAAUAUUGUACAUGUAAAAGCAUAUGGCGAAUAAAGAUGAUCCUUGAAAAGGAUACUGAAAACAUACACAAUCAGCUGUACCAAUAUAAAACCUGUAGAAAGUUUGUCUCAGUAACCAUCAACUCUUCAGCAUUCUUCAAAAUAAUAGUAAAGAGGGCUUCAUGUUCAUUUGAAAGUUGGACAGCUUUGUUUUCAUGUCCCUUUGGAAGAAUGGUACAGUCUGGAAAUCUUAUUUGCCACUCUUCUCAGAGCAAAAAUGGAUAAUAGUAGGGAGCAUAAUUUUAAAGUGAUUGGAGGAAAGUUUGGGGGUGGGGAAUAUCAUAGGCAAGUUCUUUAGAGCGGUCGGUGCAUGGAAUGCUCUGCCAGGAAUAACUGGAAAGGCAAUUAGGGACACUUAAGAAACUCUUAGAUAAGCAUAUGGAUGAUAGAAAAAUGUAGGGCUAUGUAGGAGGGAAAGGUUAGAUUGAUCUCAGAGACUUAAAAAAUUGACACAACAUCGUGAGUUGAAUACACUAUGCUAUAAUGUUCUAUGCUAUCAUAAAUUUCAGAGCUCAAGUGGUUAUAAAGGAACUUGAACCCACAACUUUUUGAGCUCGCUGAUAUAAAUAAGUCAUAAUUAUCUACCAAAAUAAAUCUAAAAUUUCAGAUUGGAUGAAUAAAUGGCAAAAAAGAUCAAUAUUGUUCACUGUGCAGUGAUUCUCAACUUGAUCGGGGGAAAUAAGAACACUGUUAAGGCAGAAAAAUAACUAAGAUAGAUCUAAUCAAAUGUUUAAAUGUAACCAUAUAUUGAAAGCAUUUCUAGAUGCAAGAAUAAAAAAAAGACAGAAAGACAAUCAAAAUAAAUACGAUUAUCAGUCUUGCUCAAGCUAAUCUUUGCCAAGAGCACAAAGUAAAUAAGUACUGAAUAAAAUGUGGAAGAAAACAAGUUUAAUCUGAAUUUGCAGGAUCCAACCACAUCGAAAGAAAACAGUACUUCUUUCCGGAGAGCAGAUUAAAACAAAAAGCAUUUUAAACUACAGAUUCGACAUGACGCACUUGGAGGGAAUAUUUAAAUGUAAAGUAAAACAUGAGAUAACAAUUUAGGAAAAUGUUUUAAGGUUGAACAGACAGAAACUGUACAAUAGUAUUGGCAGGUGGAUGUGGUAAAAGAGAUCUGGAUUCAAACGUAUUGGAGGGGAGGGUCGUGGAUUGGAAAUCUUUGAACCAAUAGCUAGUUGUUAUGCUGCAGCCUUAAUGUUGUAACGAUAGAUAACCGUGGAGAUAUCUCAAAUCUCCUUAAAACUUAGAACAAAUAAAACAUCGGUGAAGGACUUUUCAUAAAAUUUUUGACAACGAACAUCUGGAGCUUUUAAGCUGCACAUAUACAGGAAAAACUGACAAGAAAAAAUGCUAAAACGACGAGUGCUGGAGAGAGAACUUCCAGGUUUUCCCGAUCUGUGGCUGGUUGAAUCCACGCAUGCGGAACCCGCGGAUAAGGAGGGCCGACUGUAAAUAAUAAAUAUCAAGAACAUGAGAUGAAGAGACCCUGAAAGUGGGUCCACAGGUUGUGGGAACAGUUCAGUGACGGGUCAGCUCGGGAGUAAGACCAUGGAGUCUGAUGUUCACAAUAGGAAAGUACCCUGGGAAGUCAAUGGCUCCCUUGUUCCAGUUGAGCUGCAGCGUGGUAGCAGGUCAGAAAGUCCCACUCCAGGUCUGGUGGAAGGCACAGAGCCAGGUGCAGGACAAGAGAGUGCAAUGUUUGUCCACACAAGAUCCUACGAAGACCUAACUGUGGAUGAUGAAGUGAAGACGUGCCUGGACAGUGUGGACGAGGAAGGCACUGAACAAUCGCAAAUUGAAGAGAUCAGUAAAGAUUUUAAUGAGCUGAGCACCCAGCUGACUGGCAUGGCGAUGGAUGUGAACAGGGAGAUGAGAGACAGUGAUGCAGAUGGUGAGAUGCUGUCUGAGUGCCCACGUAGAGAACCGGUGCUGAGUGACAAGGAGGAGGACAUCACAGCCGACUCGUGGAAGCAGCAUCGCAAGCACAUAUUUGUCUUCAGUGAGGCUGGGAAGCCAAUAUAUUCUCGUUAUGGGACAGAGGAAUCCCUUUCCUCCAUGACAGCGGUGAUGGUAGCACUUGUGGCUUUUAUUGAGGCAAGCAAAAAUGUGAUCAAGUCCAUCCAUGCAGAGAAUUACAUGGUAGUUUUUAUCCGCCGAAGUCCUCUGGUCCUCGUGGCAGUCACACACACCCGCCAGUCAGAGCAGGAAGUGGCCAAAGAACUUCUGUAUGUAUAUUACCAAAUUGUUAGUCUUCUAACCUUAACACAGCUCAAUCGAAUCUUCGAGCAGAAGAAGAACUAUGAUCUCCGGCGUCUGCUCUCAGGGUCAGAGAGGAUAACAGAUAAUCUCCUCAAUCUAAUGGACAAGGACCCCAGCUUCCUAAUGGGUGCUGUGCGAUGCUUACCACUGACUUCUUCCUUGAGGGAUGUGAUUAGUAGCAGCCUCCAGCAAGCCAAAGACAAAAGUCUCGUCUUUUCCAUUCUAGUCGCCCAGAACCAACUGGUAUCAUUGGUGAGGAAAAAGGACCAGUUUCUACAUCCCAUUGAUCUCCAUCUUCUCUUCAACCUCAUCAGUGCGUCUACCUCCUUCCGAGAUGGAGAGGUCUGGACGCCGAUAUGCCUACCCAAGUUCAACUCCAAUGGUUUCUUUCAUGCUCAUAUCUCUUACCUUGACCAGGCCAGCAGCCUGUGUUUGGUCCUCAUCUCCACAGACAGGGAGCACUUCUUCCCCAUCUCAAACUGCAAAAGCAAGUUCCUGGAACGGCUGAAGAAGCGGAAUACUUUUCAGCUGCUGUUGGAAGAGUUGCGGACCCCAUCUUACAGCAUUUCACAAGUAGGGAUUCCAGAUCUGAGGCACUUCAUCUACAAAUCAAGAAGCUCAGGUUUGUUCACGAGUCCUGCAGUAGAAGCUCCAUACACAAGUGUGCAGCAGCACGAGAGACUCCUGGAACUGUAUCAGUAUCUGUACAGCCGCAUUCACAAUUCCGCGAGGCCUCUGAAGUACAUCUAUUAUGCAGGAGAACGGGAGAACCUUCUGGCAUGGGUCACCAACGGAUUUGAACUCUACAUGUGUUUUACCCCAAUGGGAACCAAAGCAGCGGCAGUAAAUGCUAUUACCAAACUGAUGAAGUGGAUCAGGAAGGAAGAAGACAAGCUUUUCAUUCUGAACCCAAUAACCUAUUGACAUAGCCCUUGACCAUCUCCUUCAUUACCUCCAGAGAAGACAAAGAUGGACUAACCACUGAGAUUGUGUGGCAAGUAAUUGAAGCUUGCAUAUCAUCAAGAUGGUCAUUACACCUAGGGUGAGAAACGACAUGUUGACCAGUUGUAGAAACACUAUUUCCAUGUUUAAAGCUUUGCACCAACAACUUUGCUCCUUGACAUGUCACAAGUCUAUGUCUUAUGCAGUGUUGAAUUCUGGAGGUAUAUAUGUAUUAUAGGAGCAAUAAAUAAACUUACAGGAUCCAAUGCACUGUUCAAUUAAGCGAGGCGUUCUUGAGAGUACUCCUCACCAAUCAUGAAAUAUCUUGCAGUGAAGGUUAUUUAUUAUCAUGAAUCGGAGUCCCCAGUUAUUUUUUUAACAAAAUGUACAAAAUAUUGCUCGUGCAUUAAGCAUGACCUUUCUUGCCUCUGACUAGAAGGGUGUGGGUUCAACUCCUUUAGAGUCCUGAGCACGAAACUCAAGACUGAUACACCAAUUGAGCACCAAGGCAGUGAUGUGACCUCUCAGAUAUUGAAGAUCUCAAGGUCCAUGAGGGGAGUGUGAGAGUUGUGCCCAGUGUAUCCCACACUCAUAAUGGCAGGACGCCAGUAUUAAGGAUUCUAGGGAAAACGCAUGCAGAUGGAACUGAGUCUAUGGCCAGAUUAGCCAUCAUCUUAUUGAAUGGUGCAACAGGCUCAAUAGGCCACAUGGCUGACUCAUGCUCUUCUGUUCUUAUGACCAAUGAUCUAUUCACAUUGAUGUCCAUGUUGGCUGCUAUGUUUCCUACAGCCCUUGGUAGCGUAGUGGUUAGCACAAUGCUAUUACAGCUCAGGGCAUCGGAGUUCGGAGUUCAAUUCUGGCAUCCUCUGUAAACAAAUCUGUAUGUUCCUUCCCAUUUGUGUGUGUAUUUUCCUUUGGUGCUGCAGUUUCCUCCCACAGUCGAAAUGUUUAUCAGUUGGAAGGUUAAUUGGUCAUUGUAAAUUGUCCAGUGAUUAGGCCAGGGUUAAAUCAGUGGAUUGCUGGGUGGUGCGGCCCAGUGGGCUGGAAGAGCCUAUUCCACACUGUACCUCUAAAUAAACUAAAAAAUAAAUAAGUAAAUUAGCAGUGACGACUUAUAAUAGUAUUUCAAAGCAUUUUGUGGAGUCCAUAGAUUGUCACUUAUGCUGUUGAAAGUGCAUCUUUCUUUCUUGGAGAAGAGGUCAUGUAAUCUGGCAUGAGUUUUGGAAUCCUUUUGAUUCAUAAUUUUCACGGGCUAAUGGAGAGACAAAGCUCUGGUGUAUGACAUUGUUUCCAGGCUGUUGCCCACAUAUAAGUCAAAUUUGCAAACAAUAAAAUGAGAUGGCUGCUGGAUUCUAACUCAGAAAUCAGGAACUGGGGUAGGUCAUUCAGACCUGUGAACCGGUGCUGUCCAAGUGCAGGGGUUUGACCUUUUAAGAGAAGGGUCUUACUGUGAAGAUUCAUUUGAUAGACAAGUUGUGGGUUAUGCUGACAGGUCAUCCCUUGGGAAUGAAUAGAUUUCAAUUUUAUAGACAUCUGUAAGUCAAAUGUGUGCUUAAGUGCACAAAAAUUUCAGUAUGAUCAUUCUCCACAUUAUUACAAUAAAUGGCAUCUAAAGCACACAAGGCUGGUAAGGAAGAGCAGUUACCAACAGUGAAGAGGGAGAGAAAGAAUUAGUGCUGCUCUUUACAGGUACAUCACAUACAUGUAUAUCGGAGUUUGAAAUGUAAGAAUAUUAUGGGAGUUUAUUUUUAUGUUAAGCAUAUGUAACCUGGGAACAACUGGUAUACAGGAACCUGGGGUAGACACUCCAUCGAUGUUCUGGUAGCUCAUAAAUAGAUCACUGAAAUGAUUGGAGUGCCCCAGUUUGAAUUAGUGGAAAAGCAGACAAUCUGAGCUGGGUUUGUGAAUGUUUCAGGGCACCAUGGUAGUGUAGUGGUUAGCGUGACACUAUUAGAGCUCAGGGUGUCAGAGUUCAAUCCCAGCGUUUGUAUAUUCUAUCCUAUGAACCACGUGGGUUUCCGGUCUGGGUGCUCCAGUUUCCUCCCAUGUUAAAAAGUUAGUAGCUUAACUGGUUUUUGUAAAUUGUCCUGUGAUUAGGCUAGGGUUAAAUUGGUGGGUUGCUGGGCUUGUUCCACACUAUCUGUAAAUGAAUGAAUGAAUAAAUAAGUAAAUAAAUAUUCCCACCUUUGAUCUGUACAAUAAAUUACUUGGGUAAUGUGACCCAGGCCCAACUGUUUUCCAUUCCCAUAACUCCAUUAACAUGGUAAAGUGCUCUGAGGCACUGACUGGAAGGUUGCCAAGAUUUGACAGGUGAGGAACAAUGAAGAAGUUGAUUUUAAGGAACACCUUAAAGGAAGUGAGGGAAAUGGGCAAAGUUCGGGAGGGAACUACAGAAUUACUUUGACUACUGCCCAUAGUAAUGCUUUUAAAACUGUGUUUUAUAAAAGAUCUGAAGUUAAAAACAGAUGUCUUACUAGAGGAGUUGUAUUAAUAAGCUUGGAAGAUAUCUUGUCCAAUGCUGUUUCCACUGAAGGACAGGAUUGCAUUUAGUUUUGUACCACGCCUGCUGAAGAUGGGCCAAUGGCGAUUUUUUUUCCCCCUUUGCUUUUCCUGAGAUAAUUCCUACAAGCUGUUUCUAAUUGGCCCUCUCCACCUCAUGGAAGCACGUCCUUUGUUUAUUUAGACACAGUAUAAAAGCUCGUCAAAGAUCUUGGGUGCUAUCUAAGUUCUAUUUUAACUUCUCUCCUGAGGGACCAUUGGUGGUAAAGUAAGCUUAUGCGUUGAACUGGCUCCAUGGCUGUGGUUACAGCCACUGGGCUCCUGGACCGGCUGCAGAACUGACUGGCUCCGCGGCUGUAGACUCACUUUCAGGGACUCUGCAGUUCAUGUUUUGUGUGUUACUUGUUUUCUUUUUUAUUCUUUUCAUUAUUUGUUUUUUUUCACACUUUGGGUGUUUGAUGGACCUUGUUCUGUGGUGUUUUCUCUCGUGGAUUCUAUUGUGUUUCUUUGUUUUGUGGCUGCCUGAAGAAAGUGAAUCUUAAGAUUGUAUAUAGUAUACUUUGAUAAUGAAUGUACUUCAUUUGGAGGCAGGGAGUAUGGACAUUAAGGUAGCCUGAUUAGAAACUACAGUUCAUCAGCUUUACACACAUUUAGAAUAUGCACAGAUAAUGCAUGUGACAGAUUAGGGGAGAAAAAAAAACACACAGGAAAGGAGAGAGACAAAGUGUGUGCAAGGAGAGAGGGAGUGCUGAGGUCACAGCAUCAUGGGAUUCAAGGCCACUUCUACACACUCUCCCCCAGAGGUCUAUUUUUUUUGCCCUUCCAAGGAUUUAAUGCAGUUCCUUUUUGAAUGCACUUCCAUGAUCUACCAGCUCAGUAGUGCAUUGCAAACUCUAACUAUUUGCAUAGUAAAAAGUUAUUCAUCUCGCCACUCUUCUCCCUGCAGUCUAACCAUUAGGGAUGAGGUGAGGAAUGAAUUUUCCUUUCCAGAGAGAACUUGAACAGCCAUGGUCAUAAAGCACAGAAAAAGGCCGUUCAAGCCAUCACGCAUAUGAUGACUGUCAUGCAUCUGUACUCAUCCCAUUAACGAGCACUUGGUUCAUAGCCUUUUACGUCUUGAUGUUUCAAAUGCUAAUCCAGAACAUGAGAUUCUGCAGAUGCUGGAAAUCCAGAGCAACACAAAGAAAAUGGUGGUGAAACUUAGCAGCUCAUACAGCAUCUAUGGAAAUUAAUAAACAAUCAAUGGUUUGUGCUGAGACCUUUCAUCAGGACUGGAAAGGAAGAGGAAAGACUCCAGAAUAAGAAGGCUUGGGGGGAUGGGGGGAGGGAAAGGAGAUCAAGCUGGAAGGUGUUGGCAGAAACCAGACGGGUGGGACAUUUAAAGGACUGCAGAAGCAGGAAUCUGAUAGGAGAGGAGAGUAGACUAUGUGUGAAAGGGAAGGAGGUGAUAGGCAAGGGAGGUGAGGGGAAGAGAUAUGAGGCCAGAAUGGGAAAUAGAAGAAGAGGGAAGGGGGAGGGAAAAAUACUGGCUGUUCGAGGCAUCAAGUUGGAAGCUACCUAAACGGAAUAUGAGGAGUUGCUCUUCCAUCCUGACAGUGACCUCAUCCAGGCUAAUCCAGAUGUUCCACCACCUUCUCGGGCAGUGUAUUUUUCCAAAUUCAAAUCACUGUCAAGAGGGGAGAAAAAAUCCCCAGAUUUAAAAUCCCCACUUUAAACUUGUUCAUCACCUUAAAUAUAUGCACUUUGUUUUUUGAAAUCCUUGUUUCUCAUUAUCCUCCCUAUCUAUGCCUCUUGUAAUUUGGUACAGCCCUGUCAGGUUUCCCAUCGGCCUCCUCCACUUCACAGAAAACACACUCAGGCUAUCCUAUCUCAACUCAAGAACAGAAAGGUGCCAUUCCAGCCAGCAUCCUGGUAAAUUUCAGGAUUUAGUCCAGUAAUAGCCUUGAACACUUUAGAGUCCUGACCAGACAUUGGGAAGACCUGCCCUACUCUCCACAUAUUUUCUUACUCUUCAGUAUUUCAGCAUUACAGCCUACACAAGGUGACCAUUGUCAGCAGCACCAACAGUCAGUGAACAGUGGUGGCCCAAGUCCACAACUUCAGUUGUCUUUCAUUUGUCUGCACUCUACUGAGUUCUCAAGUUCAAAUUUGUUGUCAAUUAACUGUAUACUGUACACCACCAAACAAGGCAUCAUUCCUCCAGACCAAGGUGCACAACACAGUACAUAUAACUCACACACAUAACAUGUAAAGUAAUAUUAACACAAAUAGAUUAACAAGUAACAAGGUUCAUUUACGAUACAAAUUAAAAAGUAAACAGAAUAACAUUACUGAUACGUGAAGAGACCUGGGUGGUGGCAGGGUGUUCAGUAGUCUUACGGCCUGGAGGAAGAAGCUGUUUCCCAUCCUUGUCUAAAUGCGAUGGUACCUUUUGCCUAAUGAUGGGGGUCAAAGAGAUUGAUGGAAGAAAGGGAGCGAACAUUGACAAUACUAAUGCAGCAAGUUGUUUUGGGUAUGUGGUGCGAUAAUCUGAAUGGAAGGCAAGAUGUUGUAAACAUAAUAAGCAAUGGGCCAAUGCUGGGGCACCCUGUUAACAGCUGGAAGGAAUUGGCAAGGCAGAUUAAUCGCCCAACACCAAGUCAUCUGAGAAACCAUGAGAAACAAAAACUUCUCUGCUUUCCAGUCAUUACUCUGGUGCCUUCUCACUUUGAUAGCCAUUGCUCUCAAUGUCUUUUAUUCAUUUUUGAUACAAACAUUGCUGAAUAUAUUGUCUAGUCAUUAAGAAUCAACCACAUUGGUGUAUGUGGAGUCGCAGCCUGUUGGGCACCUCCCAGUCUCCACCCCAGCUAACAGGAGCCCCCUGCCUCUCAUUUGCAACCCAUCACCUGCAGCCUAUUUGAGCCCAGCUUUCAUCUACAGUCCCUAUUCACUCAUUCAAACCAGCCAGCCUGAAAUAGUUGUGCCUCGUCGUCAGUUACCUUGUUGUGUUAAGUAUCUGUUCUCUCUUGUUUUAUAACCUCUCGUGGUUUAUUAUUAAAGUGAUUGCCCACCAAGUAAUUAUCUCCACUGCUCUGUGUUUGGAUCUAGUCUCCUCUACGUUUCCUGACACAGACAGGUCAGUGUGGGUAGACGUAGAUAGGUAUUACUGAGGUUUGCAUUGCUGAGCAAAGGUAUUCAUUUUGUGCCUCAUACCCAUUCAUGCAGUACUCUGGCUGCAAGUCCAGUAACUUAACUACAAUGCUGCCGUGUUCCCAAGGAGGAACAGCUCAGGAAGCAGCAGCAGAGCUUCUGGGCAGUGAAAAUAGUCCAGGAAUUCUUCAUUGUUUGCUGACAUGUAGAAGUCUUUGUCCUUUUGUAUUCGUAUUUGAUCUUGCCACGCAGCGUUUGAGAGGGGAAGGAGGUGGUUGGAGUAGAAGAUGGGGAGGGUGUGGUUAGUUGAUGACAUAUAUUUCCAGUGCUACAAAACCCAUGAUGUAUUUUAAAAUGUAGAGAUUUGAAGAUUGUAUCAGGUUGCUGGCUGAUAAAACUCCAACUGGUUAGCUACUAUGAUGGAAAGACAGCAGGUAUCAAGUGAAGGAUGGGGAUAAGGAGUGAAGAUCUGUGAUUCCACAUGGAAAUUACCUGGUCCUAAGUAUUGUGAUAAAGAACUAGCCCAUUACUCUUGCCAGUGUCUUGGUUCAUUCUUUGUUUUUCUCCCCCCUGCAGAAUAGCUAUGAAUGGAAUUCAAUGUAAGAGUGGUGGAAACAAUCAAUGCUUUCAAAUGGAAAUGAGAACGGGAUAGGCACUUGUGAGAGAAAAUUUUACAGAACUCUUAGGGGAGUUACUCUUGUAGGAUAUAGUAGUUACUGAGCUUCCAGCAAAAUGUCACUGAUAUCACCAGAACCAUCUUGAUCCAAACCUGCUAUAUUUGUGUCUAAGUAAUUCUGAGAUUCUUUGCCCACCAAUCGUGCUGCAUUGGAAGUGGAAGCAAGUACAUGUCCAUUUAAACCAAAGGCAAGCGUUAAUGUAAAACUUGAGUUUAAGGAGCCUUUUAGUAUUGGGGAUGGCUGCUCAAGGGGGAGAAAGGUGCAGGAAGUGUCAGAUGGAGAGACAGUGUUCAAAAACUGACAAUGUAACUUAGGAAAAGAUUUUUUUCCUCCUGUAAUCUUAAACCAACAAGCAUUGCUGGAAACUGGGGUUUCCAAACUUUGCAGUUGGAUUUAGUUCACAAGUUUAGGUUAAUGAAUUGCCAGUGUCAGACUUCGUACAUGAAUUGUAUCUGGUCUUUGGUUCACGGGUUGCUGGGCUGUGUCCUCUGUCAUUAUAACUGGUCACUGUCACUCCAUUGACACUGAGGUGGACAGAAUGCUGUGUCAAACUACUGCCAGAGCACAGCAGUGGCAUGUGGGUUUUCUCAAGGGAAAUAUGGGACAGUUUUCAAAUAAAAAUAGACACAGGAGACUGCAGAUGCUGGACUCUGGAAUCAACAAACAAUCUACUGAAAGAACUCCAAACACAAAAUGCUGGUGGGGAAUCAGAAGGUUAGACAACACCAAUGGAAAUGAAUAAAAAGUCAAUGUUUUGGGCCGAGAUCCUUCAUCAGGACUGGAAUGGUAGGGAUAAGAAGGUGGGAGGGAGGAGGGGAAGGAGGACAAGGUAAAGCCAGGUGGGUGGAGGAGGGAGAAUGGGGUAAGAAGCUGGCAGGUGAUAGGAAGAAAAGGCAAAGGGCUGGAGAAGAAGGAAUCUGAUAAGAGAGGAGAGUAGACCAUGGGAGGAGGGGCACCAGAGGGAGGUGAUAGGCAGGUGACGAGAAGAGGUAAGCGGUCAAAGUGGGAAAAUGAAGAAGCAGGGAGAGGCAAACAUUACCGGAAGCUGGAGAAAUCAAUAUUCAUGCCAGCAUUUUAUGUUUGUUGCUCUAUAUUUCCAGCACCAGCAGGAUUUGCUGCUCCACUGGAGGAACUUAGGUCGAGCAGCAUAUAACCAUAUAACAAUUACAGCUCGGAAACAGGCCAUCUUGGCCCUCCGUGCUGAACUCUUACUCUUACCUAGUCCCACCGACCAUCUGUGGAGGGAAAGGAAUUGUCGAUAUUUUUGGCUCAAGUCCUGUAUUGGUGCUCGUUCUCCAGAUGCAGGACUUCAACCUGACACAUCCACAGAUGCUGCUCGACCUGUUGAGACCCUCUCACAGUUGUUCCAGUUGAAAAUAAAAUAACCUGACGAUGGUCAGUGAUCUUUUCAUGUCCCCAUCAAUCGUAGCCACAGGAAAUUUGUACGGCAUUGAAGCCACGGUUUACCAAGGAUGCACCAGUUCUGAUAAAUGAGAAAUUUAAGGGGGAAUCUGUGUUCUCCCUACCCUCACAUGAAUUUCCAUACCCUCACAGGGAUUUAGUCUUCUAUGCCAUGGUAGUGUAGCAGUUAGUGUGAUGCUAUCACAGUUCGGGAUACGUAUUGGAGUUCAAUUCCAAUGUCAUCUGUAAGGAGUCCACAUUUUCCCUGUAACCAAGUAUGUUUUUUCCAGGUGCUCUGGUUUUCUCCCACAGUCCAAAGGCAUACUGGUCAUUCGGUUAACUGUUCAUUGUAAAUUGUCCUGUGAUUAGGCUUGGGUAAAUCAGGGGUGCAGCUCAAAGGGUUGGAAGGGCCUGUUGUGUGCUCAGACAAAAUAAAUUAUAAAUAAGUAGUUAAUGAGUCUUGGGAUUCUUCUGCUUCUUAACUGUAUAAUGAGUUCUUAUCAUUCAUGUAUUCUUGACUCGAGAGAAAAUAUUGCUUAAGCUUUGGGAUGAUGGUGCUGAGUGCCAGGGAUUGUUGUGCAAAAUUAUAAAAGAGCCUACAGAGCAAUUCCAAAAGCAAGAAUUUUUCCAGCUAAAUGCAACAAGUAGUAGAUAGAUGAUAUCUGAAGUACAUUUGAUUGCCAGGGAAUAAUACAAUCACCCAAACACACUAGCAGAGUUGCAAAGUGCAGGCAUGGACACAGAGACAGUUCCCAACACUAGGUAGUGGCAAACGGCCAGACCUACCUAGCAAAGGCGUGGACACAGAGACAGUUCCAACUCAACGAUAGACAGUUCCUUAUCUUGACACAGCGAGGUUCCGGUCUCGCUCCACUGGUGGAACUUGACAAGGUUACGGGCAAGGCUGCGGACACAGGUUGCAGUACAAGCUGAGUGCAGUCAGCAGGCUUCAUGGCUUUCUACCACUCGAGAACAGUACCUGACAUUUACAGUGGCAGUGUCCUGGCAGCUUCAUUUAAAACUCAAAAACUUGAAGAUUUAACACUGAAAGUAAAGAUUUAUUUUUUGUUGUUAACUGACAAAUGAUUUAAUUUUCCAUUACAAAUGUUUGAGGACUCAAUUGAUCCAAAACUGACCCAGAUAGGAUGUGGUUUUGUGGAAGAAAAUGGGACCAGAACCUAAUUUACUCAUGGGCUAUUUAAAAUACACAUUGUUAUUGUAUAAUUUUCUUUGCCUUCUAAGUAAUACAAAGGUAUACAAUAAUGAAUGGAAUCCCACUCUGAGUUUGUCUGCUAGAGUCAGUGUGAUAGUGCUCCCUCCAGUGGCAAAUAAAUUUAGGAGAAAACUUGUUCAAAAUCACUAAUGAAACAAUAUGAAAAUAAAUAUAGCAUUUUCUUUGAACUUUGAUAAUUAUUGCUUUUCAGUGGAAAAUGUGAAAACAAUUGUAAUUUAAAUAAAAUAUU